AUGAGCAAUGCUGAGAUAAUUGGUUCUACAAAUCUCAUAAUUCUGCUAGAGGAUGAAAUCUUUGCCGAUUUUUUCAACACAUUUCUCUCUCUCCCGGUCUUUGGUCAGACACCAUUUUACACUGUUGAAAAUUCACAGUGGAGCUUGUGGCCAGAACUACCCCAUGACCUGAUUGCAAAGUACAAAGGAUUAUUGACCUGGUUGGAAAAAUACCGGUUACCUUUCUUCUGUAAAACCAACCUAUGUUUCCAUUACAUUCUCUGUCAGGAGUUCAUCAGUUUCAUUAAUUCCCCGGAAGGAGCCAAGAUGCUGAGCUGGAAAAAGGCAGACCAGUGGCUGCUCCAGAGAUGCGUUGGCGGGGUCAGAGGGAUGUGGCGCUUCUGUACCUACCUGAAGGGCAGUGCAGGUGAAGAGCUGGUGGAUUUCUGGAUUCUUGUUGAGAAGAUCCUGAGCAUAGAUGAGAUGAACAUGGAAGGGAGAGACUACUACCUGUCCCUCCUCUUCGUGCUGAAGGCCACCCACCUGCAGGAAAGCUCAAGGGUGGUAACUCUCUGCAACAUGAACAUCAAGCCCCUCCUGAACCUUUCCAUCUGGCAUCCCAACCAGUCAACCACCAGGAGGGAGAUCUUGAGCCACAUGCAAAAAGUGGCUCUGUUCAAACUCCAGAGCUAUUGGCUCCCCAACUUUUACACCCACGCCAAGACAGUCAUGGCCAAGGAGGAAUCGUGCCAGCUUCUGAUGCAAGAAUAUGAGACUCGCCUGUACAGCAUUUGCUAUACUCACGCGGGAGGGCUCCCUCUGAAUAUGAGCAUUAAGAAGAGCAACCACCCCCAGAAGCGAUACUCAAGUAGGAAGACCAAGAGGAAGAUGUGGCAGUUGAUAGACCAUGGCUCUUGGUCUCUGGAAAUGGAUACCAAGUCAGAUACCAACACUUUGCUCCCCCAGGAGCUGUGUCCUCAGGAGAAGGUGGUUGUGCAAAUGCCUUCCCGGAAAGAGGCCUCUUCAAGGGAGAGGACGAUCCAUUCUCUGGAAAAAGAUACUCUCUGUGCCAGGAAGUCCAACGUGAGGAAGAAAGCCAGGAGCCACCUCCGCAUGGAGGGCCUCUUUGAGACAGCAUUCUCUACCCACCUGAGGACUCUCACCCCCAUCAUCAAUCACUCUUCCCACAUGACGGUCAAGAAGGCCAGGAAGCAAAACCUCUCCCUGGGGUACACCCACUGGGCCUUGUGUGCGGAUGCCUGUGCAGGGAGUCCCUUCCGAGACCACCUCAAGAAGCUAAAUUUGAAAGUGGAGAUCCGCCUCCUGGACCUCUGGCAGGACCUGCACCAUUUCCUCAGUGUCCUAAUGAGUAACAGGAAAACGGGGAAAGCCAUCUUUCGGCACAUGCUGGGCAACCGGAUCUGUGAGCUCUACCUGAAUGAGCAGCUUGGUGUACGGCUACCACUAAAAGCCCAGACGAUUGAAGGCUUAAAGGAGCUGCUGCCUUCUGGGGAGAUGAACCCCUGGAUUCCCAGAGCCCAGAAGGAGAUCUGCAAGAUGCUUAGCCCCUGGUAUGCUGACUUCCUGGAUGAAGAGGACUACUGGUUUCUAAUUUUCACAACUCAGUCCAGGCUCAUUAGCACCAGGUGGCCUAAAAGAGAACCUACAAGCAGAGAAGAGAACAUUCUCCUCUAUAAGAGAUUUGAGGAAUCCCUGCAGCUAAGCCAGGGUUUGGCUAACAUGGAAGAAAUGGAAUCUAUGCAGUGGCAAAAGAUAGCUACUGAGGACCUGAAGCAAGGCGGGUCUCUCAGGAUAGAAAGGAAGUCUCCGGUGUUUCUGGCAGAUAUGGAGAAAAUGUCCUUCGAGGAACUCUGCUCUAAGUAUCCAAAGGUGGCCAUAGAGAAGAUCAGUGAUGACUACAAAAUAUAUUGUGAAAAAUCGCCUCAAAUAGAUUUUACAGUGAAAAUUGUCAGAGAACCAAAGAUGAUUUCACCCUCACGUAGGAGAAUGUCAUCCUUUAAAAGGCCUAAUGUAAGGAAGCCUUCACUAAGACCCCGCAACUUGACAGAAGUCCUCCUAAAUGCACAGCACUUGGAGUUCUUUAGGGAGUUCCUCAGAGAACGGAAGGCUGAAAGCCCAUUGCAAUUCCUGGUGGCCAUACAGAAGAUCAGUACUGAGACAAAUGAAAAGACUUACAGGUCUCUCUUUGAAAACAUAAUCAAGACUUUCUUCCACGGCAAAACCUCUCCUGAGGAAAUGCUGCAGUGUGAUGCCCCUAUUAUCAAAGAAGUCUCUAACAUGCAUCAUAUCAGCACAACAACACUGUUAAUGCUCCAGACCUAUGUCAUGAAAUCUCUGGAAGAGAAGUGGUUUAAAGAUUACCAAGACCUGUUUCCACCUCGUCCUCCGGAGACAGAAACUGAAAUACCACUGACCUCACCAGGGAAGCCUUCAAAGAUGGUAACAACUUACCGGCAAGAAUCCCAGAAGAGAGGCUGUCUGAAGAUGAUCAGUUUCAUCAAGAGCUUCUGUAGGUACCGCAGGUUUAUGUCUAAUCCCCAUAAGCGCCAGGAAUUUGAAGACUAUCUUCGCCUGGAAAUGCACAACACCAAGGAAAAUUUUGCCACAUCACCAAACAUAUCAGGACGCCCAUUCUCAAAUCCCACCGGGAGCCGGAGCGCAGAUCACGAGAAUGGAGACGGAACCCUCAUGAAGCGCCGGCUAUUUGGCCACAGGAUUAUUACUGUCAACUUUGCAAUCAAUGAUUUGUAUUUCUUUUCUGAAAUGGAGAAAUUUAAUGAUUUGGUGAGUUCAGCUCAUGUGCUGCAAGUCAACCGGGCAUACAACGAGAAUGACGUGAUGCUAAUGAGGUCCAAAAUUAGCAUUAUCCUAAAGCUCUACCUGCAUUCGGAGGUCCCUCCUAGGCUGAGGGUGAACAUCUCUGAAUCCCAGAAGGAUGCCAUCUUUGCUGCCAUUACAGAGGGCCACCUAGAUCGGAGCAUUUUCCACGGGGCUAUCAUGGCUCUCUUCCCUGUCAUUAUGUACUUCUGGAAAAGGUUUUGUUCCUGGAAGGCUAUUCGCUCUUACUUCCUGUACAAGGGGAAGAAGUUCAAGGACCAAAAACUUUCUCCAAAGUCUGUGUACAAGCACCCUCCUUGGAGCGGAGGAGACCACACUGUCUUAAGAUUCACUUUGCUCAGGGGUAUUGAGUGGUUGCGGCCUCAACAGCGGGAAGCAGGGGGAAGUCCGAUCCAAUACUCUUCAUCUAGCAUCCUCACCCACUCCAGACAUGCAGUCUCCACCAUGCAGCUGUAUCCUGUCCCAGGACCCAAGUUACCUGGCACCAAGAAGGAGAAGAAGUAAUCGAGUCAGGCCCCCACCAGAGGCACAUGAUCUCUUAGAAGCCUCCUCCCACUGACAGAACCCUUUCUGGUCGGAAAUGAAAUGCCCUCAUGCCAUCUGCCUUGGGAAGAUCAGUGGGGCAGCAGCCUAGACAUGGCAGGACCGGACUGCAGUGGGUAAGAUGCAGGCGGAGAGCAUGAGCAGAAGCACCUGUGCCCUCCCUGACCCUGGAGGUCCUGUCAGAGUUGGUCUUUCCACAGUGGGUGUGUAACAUAACAACUACCCUUGAGGUCAGGGGCCCUGGGUUCCAGUCUCACUCUGCAGCUGUUAUGACUUUUAGCAAAUCCUUGACUCAAGGCUAUUGAAGAAUCCCAAGACAACUGUAUGCAGAUGGCAUUAAACAUUCUAGGAAACAGGUGCUGUUUUUAUCAGAUGGGAUCUUUUAUUGCCAGGGUCUUCCAAUGGACUCACACUCAUUGUCUCAGUGUGAGUAACCAUGUCUAAAAUCAUUUAUUUUUAUUUUAUUUUUU